UAACCAAUGCAAUGCACUUAUAAAAUCGCCAAACUACUCUCAGUUGAGUGUUCCACACACGAAUGUCUCGUCUAACACCACCACCACCACCACCACCCAACCCUGUCCUCCAAGACAGGCUUCCUUUCUUCAAUCAAUCCAUGGAGCUAGUCAACCCUCCAACCCGAACCAGAUCCAGAACCCUCGGAGACCUCCUUAAACGCGUCCAAGAUGCUCAAAACGACAUUCCUCUUACACCUCCCCACCAUGUUCUCGACCUCUCUUCCUCCUCCACCACCCACCCCUUUGUCCUCUCCUUCACCAACUUAACCUACAGCGUCAACCUCCGCCGCAAGUUUACUUUUUUUCCCGCCACUACCAUUUCCACACCCGACCACGAAACCAAACCCAACGGCACCAAGACUCUCCUCAACGACAUCUCCGGCGAGGCUAAGGACGGCGAGAUCAUGGCCGUCCUCGGCGCAAGCGGUUCUGGAAAGUCGACUCUAAUCGACGCCCUCGCCGAUAGAAUCUCAAAAGAAAGCCUCAAAGGCACUGUCACCCUAAACGGCGACGUUUUGGAAUCGAGUCUUUUGAAGGUUAUCUCCGCUUACGUCAUGCAAGACGACCUCCUCUUCCCCAUGCUCACCGUUGAAGAAACCCUAAUGUUCGCCGCGGAGUUCAGACUCCCUCGCUCCUUCUCCAAGUCCAAGAAAAAGGCCCGCGUCCAAGCCCUCAUCGACCAACUCGGCCUCCGCGCUGCCGCUACAACCGUCAUCGGUGAUGAGGGCCACCGCGGCGUCUCCGGCGGCGAACGCCGCCGCGUCUCGAUCGGAACCGACAUCAUCCACGACCCCAUCGUGCUCUUCCUCGAUGAACCAACCUCCGGCCUCGACUCCACCAGCGCCUUCAUGGUCGUGAAAGUCUUGCAGCGAAUCGCUCAGAGCGGAAGCAUCGUCAUCAUGUCCAUUCACCAACCUAGCUACAGAAUCUUGAGCCUCUUAGACCACUUGAUCUUCCUCUCCCACGGAAACACCGUCUUUAGCGGCUCUCCGGCAAACCUCCCCGGUUUCUUCUCCGAGUUCGGCCACCCCAUCCCGGAGAACGAAAACCGCACCGAAUUCGCACUCGACCUAAUCCGCGAACUCGAACAAGAACCAACUGGCACCAAGAGUUUAGUGGACUUCAACAAAUCCUGGCAGCUCAAAAACAAAAACCAGGCCCAGAACGGGGCCAAACCGAAAUUAUCUCUCAAGGACGCCAUCAGCGCUAGCAUUUCCAGAGGCAAACUCGUGUCCGGCACUAAGAACAACAACUCAACGGCGUUGGUUUCAGUUCCCGCCUUCGCGAAUCCGUUUUGGAUGGAGAUGUUGGUGAUUGGAAAACGUUCUUUAACUAACUCAAUGAGGAUGCCGGAGUUAUUCGGGAUUCGCUUAGUUGCAGUUCUGGUGACAGGGGCAAUCUUGGCAACAAUUUUUUUUCACCUGGACGAUUCUCCAAAAGGAGUUCAAGAGCGCGUGGGGUUCUUCGCGUUCGCCAUGUCCACCACGUUCUACACGUGCGCCGAAGCUAUGCCAGUGUUCCUCCAAGAGCGCUACAUCUUCAUGAGAGAGACCGCCCACAACGCCUACCGUCGCUCGUCCUACGUGCUCGUGCACGCAAUCAUUUCCCUCCCUUCCUUGCUUUUUCUCUCCCUAGCAUUCGCGGCCACCACGUUCUGGGCCGUGGGCCUUGCCGGUGGCAGUUCGGGCUUUCUCUUUUAUUUUCUGACCAUCCUGGCCUCGUUUUGGGCCGGGAACUCGUUCGUGACGUUCUUAUCUGGUGUGGUAUCGCACGUGAUGAUAGGAUUCACUGUUGUGGUUGCGAUUCUGGCUUACUUUCUUCUCUUCAGCGGGUUCUUCAUCAGCAGGGACAGGAUCCCUCCGUACUGGAUAUGGUUCCACUACCUUUCGCUGGUGAAGUAUCCGUACGAGGGAGUGCUGCAGAACGAGUUCGAUGUGAGGUCUCCGAGGUGCUUCGUAAGAGGGAUUCAGAUGUUCGACAACACGCCGCUGGGGAUGGUGCCGGAGGCGGUGAAGGUGGAGCUGCUGAAGAGUAUGAGCGAGACGCUGGGAAUGAACAUCUCGAGGUCGACGUGCGUAGUUACUGGAGAGGAUGUGCUGAAGCAGCAGGGGAUUACGCAGCUGAGUAAGUGGAACUGCUUCUGGGUCACGGUGGCUUGGGGGUUCUUCUUUCGCUUCCUCUUUUAUUUGGCGCUGCUCUUUGGGAGCAGGAACAAGAGGAGGUAGUUAGUCAAGGAACCCAUUAACACUUUUCCUAGCCCUACUCUUCCCUCAUACUCAUAUUUUAUUCAUCUCAAUAAUAAAUCAAGAGUGCAACCGAAAAAACGAUAAAAAAAACAGUAUGUAGCAUUGUAACGUAAUUUAUCUUAGACACAGACUGUUAAUUAAGAUUACUACUGUAUCGGAAAAACUAAACAGCUUCUUGUGUUUUUCAUGGAGACAAUGGUACUCCUUUCUUCUUCAGCAUUUUCUUUUUCGGGUGGGGAGGGGUUUCUUUAUAAUUUAUCCUCAGUUUAUUUACGUACGUACUCUUUUCAUGCUAAUUUUCAUUAGUUUUUGCACUUAAAUUAUCUGGAAGAUAAAUUUAUUGUGAA